UUUGAUAAAGAAUGGGCAGUGUUAAGUUGGAGGAAUAACACAGGAACAUAAAGGAAACUUUUGGGGGUAAUAUAUAUGUUUGUUACCUGAUUAUAGUGAUGGUUUCACAUGUGGAAUUGGUGUGUUCCUCAAAUUCAGCUCAAGAUCCUGGAAGAUGCCAAGCCUGUAGUGUCCAUCCUACCUCUGCCUGGGACAUGUGUUGGCACUCCUAUCCUUGAAAGCUUUUUCUUAAAAUUUCCCAUUUUUGCUUGCUUAACUCCUCAAUCUGGAUCCCUCCAAAUUCGAGGAUCAUGUGGACAACAUUACAGUGUCUCUAAGCCUCUCUCCAAGUUAUCUCCAGGGCUUUGGAGAAACAAGGUACUCUUCCUCAGUCUGGGUUCCUCAGAUCCCCAGUGGAAAGAUGACUGCCACAUUUCCCCCAGCACAAAGUUGGGAGUGACACCAGAGCCUCCUGCAAGAUGCUUCUGAUUCUGCUGUCAGUGGCCCUGCUGGCCUUCAGCUCAGCUCAGGACUUAAGUGAAGAUGUCAGCCAGGAAGACGUUCCCUUCAUAAUAUCAGAUGGAGGACACUCUGAGCAGUUCCUAGAUGAGGAGCAUCAGGGACCACCUUUGGGAGGACAGCAAUCUCAACCCUCUGCUGGUGAUGGAAACCAGGAUGAUGGCCCUCAGCAGGGACCACCCCAACAAGGGGGCCAACACCAACAAGGUCCACCACCUCCUCAGGGAAAGCCACAAGGACCACCCCAACACAGAGGCCAUCCCCAUCCUCCUCACGGAAGGCCACAAGGACCACCCCCACAGGGAGGCCAUCAGCACCAUCAUCCCCCACCUCCUCAUGGAAAACCCCAGGGACCACCGCCCCAAGGGGGCCGCCCACAAGGACCUCCACAGGGGCAGCCUCCCCAGUAAUCUAGGAUUCAAUAACAGGGACAUGGAUGAAACUGGAAAACAUCAUUCUCAGUAAACUAUCGCAAGGACAAAAAACCAAACACCGCAUGUUCUCACUCA